UCAUCCUUUCUCAGCAACCAAACGACUAUGUAAUUCCCGAAUAGGGCGACGUGCACGCCUCCUAUCGGAGGUUCACGCGCCCCGUGAAUCAAAGGGUCCACUUAAUCCGUAUCUGCAAUUACCUUCCUUCACAGGAUGCGAGCUGAGUCUCAAAACUCAUUUGUUUUUAAGCUAUGCAAGAAGCAUGGCAACGGGAAUACGAACUCAUGGAAACAUCUCACUUCUCGCUGUAAUUUCUUCUUCUUCUUCGUUGUAGUCUUUAUGUUUAUCUCGUUCUUUGGUGGGUGACAUGUUAUCAGGGUUACCUGCACAUCUUUACGAAGACAUAUUUGGAGUGUAUGGAUUGAGGAGUUCUUGUUAACACUUAAGAUUGGUGACACUGGAGAUUUUUAACAAUUUCAAUAUGGAUAUAGCACAUUGUUAUUUGGAUGGCAAUGCUGAUGCUGUAGAGUUCUGCCCACAUGAUUCCUUCCACAAUGUUCUAGCCGCUUCUACAUACACAUUGCAAGAGGGUGUGCAGCCUAGUCGGUCUGGAAGCAUAUCACUUUUCUCUGUUGGUGCUGAUCAAGGGAAUCUUCAGUUGCUUCAUCGUCUAGACACAGCUGGCAUCUUUGACAUCAAAUGGAAUCCAAUUGGAGUUGGUGUGGGUCCCCUACUAGCUCAAGCUGAUGCCAAUGGCUACCUAAGACUUCAUGGUUUAAAGUGCUAUUCUGAUGGACUAGAAGGGGCUCAGCUGAAAGAAGUAACUGGAGAAAAAAUCAAUUCAUCCAUGUGCCUGUGCUUGGAUUGGAAUCGAUCAUCCACGUCCAUUUCCCUGGGGCUUUCCAAUGGUUCUGUCUCUGUAAUUACUCUUGGAGAGACCAAGUUACAGACAAUACAAACCUGGGAAGCACAUGAAUUUGAGGUUUGGGCUUCAUCCUUUGAUAUCAACCAGCCACAACUGGUGUACACUGGUUCUGAUGAUUGCAAAUUUAGUUGUUGGGACUUACGGGAAAGUCCUGCAAAGUUGGCAUUUCAAAAUACAAAAACUCAUAAGAUGGGUGUAUGUUGUGUUUCAAAGAGUUCCAUGGACUGUAAUACACUACUUACUGGGAGUUAUGAUGAACACCUCAGGGUAUGGGAUGUAAGAUCAAUCUCAAAGCCAGUGACUGAGAAUUCAAUUUGUUUGGGAGGAGGAGUCUGGAGAAUUAAACACCAUCCUUUGGUCCCAAACCUGAUCUUGGCAGCUUGUAUGCACAAUGGUUUUGCAGUUGUAGGAAUUAAAGAGGGGAACAUCAAAUUGUUAGAGACUUAUAACAAGCAUGAUUCUCUGGCGUAUGGAGUAGACUGGCAACGAGGAACUUCAUCCAAGGAAGGCGGAAGAAAAAGAGGCUAUGUGGUCGCUACAUGUUCAUUUUAUGACCGGCUUCUUCGAAUAUGGGUGCCAAAUAUUGAAGUGGUUGUGUGACAUUUUGCUGGAUUCUGCUCUUUGAUAAAGGUUAGUAAAGUAUAUUUCCAGUCCACCAAUACCUGUAUUUCAUUUGGGUUUUCUCCACUGUACACUAAUAAGAUUGUUUUUUUAACAUUUUAAAAUCAAUGAAGAGGAAAACUAGGAUAUUAGUGGUGAAGGCGUGUUUUUAAGAAAAAUGUGAGCCAUUCCGAUGUUUGACAAUGGAAUGUGUACGACUAGAAAAUAUGUUUGGCACACUGUUGUCAAUUGCUUA